CCGGAAAGGCUCGUCACUGGCUUUCGCUGACGACCCUUGGGGCGGCGCGGGCGGAUUGUUGUUUCGGUCUGCGCGCUGCAGGUAACCAGGAAGCUGCAGUAGUGGUGAUGUAACGUAAACGUGCAUGCGUGGUGGCUUGAUACUGAUGCUCCUUAUGGUCCAUCCCGUUUGGACUGCGCCGCAUAUCAGAAGACUCCCCAAGAGGAAGAGAUAUGUGCGUGUGUACUGGUGCGCACGCAAGGGCUGUACAGUAUGGAUGCAGAUCGUGGCGCUUGUGCACUGUGCUUCGUUGUGUGAUUCAUUUUUCUUUGGGAGGGGAGAGUCAUAUGUACCCUUGUUUGGUGUAUUUGUUUGUGGGUGCUGUGCUUGAUGUCUCUCUGCUUUAAGUACGAACGAGAUUCUCUCUGUGGCAGUCUGGUCCAACGUCAUUUAUCGCUAUAUCUUGUUGAA